AUUCUGGUCAACCCAGAGAGUGGAUUGCAUUUUUAUUUUAGUUUGUGUCAUUGUUUUUGGUGCUACUACAGCCGUCCGUACCGUACUACAAAAACACCAACACCAUUAACAAAUACGAGUUGCCGGGGAAGCCGAGUCGAGUCCUCUUAUCCUACAUUGCCGCUUAUUGCAUCAUACCGGUACUGUACCUUAUCAUUUGACCAUGGGGAAGGCACACCGCUUUGACCAGGGCGCUGUGGAGGUGUUAGUGGCAUCAUUACCCGCCGCGCUGAAGCAGGACAUCGACAAGGCUAUCAUCCGAAAGACGCAGGAGCUCUUUCGAGUGCUGAAUACGAAAGCCAAUGGUCAACAAUUGACCACGGGCGACAGCGCACGGAUGCGUGCUGCCGUCUUGCUAGACUAUGCAGUCCGCCAAGACAAGAAUGUCCGUCUGUGUCAAACCAGUAUGAUGAAGGCACUUGGGCUUAAAAAGAAAACCCAAAAGAACAAUUUCAUUAUCUUGGGGAAUAGGAUUGCCAAUUACUUGGACGAACCCAGAGCAACUUCUCGAAACGCAGCAAAAAUUAUCCAAAGGAAUAAUCCAAGGCAGCAGUUGCUGGGUGCGGUUCCAACCACCACUACAAAAGAAACUCAAACGAAGAACAAUAUUCCUCGAUUGGCCAUCCGAUUGAGCUCCUUGAUUCAUGAUCCGCAUGGAUUUGCCGUACAAGCCAAGCAGUUGUUGCAGGAUCUACAUCGAUUUGUGGAGACACUCCAAAUGCCCAAAAGAGCCGACCUGCAGCAUGACAUGACACGCCAUCCAGAAUGUUAUGGGGCCGCUUGUUUGUAUCAUGUCGUGGCCAAGACACAAACCAAAAAAUUGUCGGCGCGACAACAACAGACGAAGCAACCGCAGAAUGCCACCCGCAAACUAGAGGAUGACACCAACCGUCCGCUGGAAAUUGCCGAUAUUCUGACGGCAUGUCCCAACUUUAACGAAAAUGUCUUUAAGGAAAUCUGUAGAUACGUGGAAUCUCUUGUCGAGGACAUGGAACAAACCAUGAAAGAAACGUCCAAAAAGAGUGCUGCGUCUACCAGAAACAAAAAACAGAAACAAUCUGGCAAGAAUGGCCGCAAAAGAGCUGCCUUUGAAGCGAGAAAAGAGGCCAAUGACAAAGGGAGAAAGAAAAAGAAAUCGGAAAAGUCCACAGAGACAAGUGCUGAUGACAACCAACCAAGGGCGCAGCAUUUAUCGGAUCCUGUCGAGAUUCCAUCGAUCUGGGAGUGGCGUGAGCAGGUCCUCGCGGAUGCCUGUGAAUCUGCCAAGGCAAAGUUGACCAGCCAAGGACAAGCGUCCGAAAACUUCACCAAGUCCCAGUUGCUUGCUGAAGCCGCAAACGAGGUACUUGGUCGAUUUGGACUUGCCGCAACCUAAGCAAACUCCUAUAAAUACCGUUCCAGUUUCUAGAAUUAGAUAAUAUAGUGUACUUUAACUAAGCGACAAGC